GCGAAUAAUUCUAAUUGACAUUUCCUGUAGAAAACCAAUCCCUACCACACACAACAUGUCGGACCAAAAAGCAUCAAAGUACUAUGCCGCCGACGAGGAGGCGCAAAUGAAAAAGGCGCGAAAGACCCCCCACAGCACAAAAUACCGCGACUCGCUCGUCCAGCCAGGCACAGUCCUCAUCAUCCUGUCCGGUCGCUACCGCGGCAAACGCGUAGUCCUCGUGCGCCACCUCACGCAGGGAACUCUGCUCGUCACCGGUCCCUUCAAGAUCAACGGUGUGCCCAUGCGCCGCGUGAACCACCGCUACGUCAUUGCCACCUCGACUGUCGUCGACAUGUCAGCCCUUGAAAGCGACGCCGAUGCCAAGGAAGUCGUGGAGCGCGCGAGCGGCGACGAGUACUGGGCGAGGGAGAAGAAGGAUGACGAUGAUGAAUUCUUUGAGGGCAAGGAAGAGGGCCAGGCCAAGAAGGAAGUCGAUGUCAAGAGAGUCGAGGAUCAGAAAAAGCUAGACAAGGUGGUUUUGGCGAGCGUCAAGGCGACAGAGGGGUUGACGGAUUACCUGGGUGCGAGCUUUAGUUUGAGGAGUGGCGAGAGACCACAUGAGAUGGUCUUCUAGGAGUCAAUUAUUCGAGGAGAAACGAGUAUGAGAGGCUAAGCAAA